CUAUAUUAAAUGUUUCCUUUUGUAGGCAACUUGUUUCGAAACGAUUUCCCUUUGUUCCUAUUUGAUGAUCACUUCAUUCCAGGACCAGGAGUUAGAGUAAGAGUUCCCAGACCGCCAUACACUAAUAGACAAUUUAGAGAUCAAGCUCCUAAAGUAAUUUCAUUUGGACAAUUAGAAGCCCCCAAGUUUGAAGUUGAUGCAGAGUGUGAGAAAACCUCUGAAAGAUUUCACGGAAAACCAAGGAUAAUAUUGGGCUAUCUUGGGGGAUGAAUAAUAUGAAAAAGGGGAUUUUUUCAAUGCCAUAACUCAUUACUCCAAGGCAAUUGAACUUACAGAGGGAACUGAAAGCGCAUUCUUUCGUUGUAGAGGAUUGGCCUUAAAAUAAGCUGGCAAUUUAGAUCCUGUAAAAUCAAUAUAAUAACAAUAUUCAAGGCCUACAGAGACGCUAUCACUGCAAUUGAAUUGGAUGACAAGAAUAUCAAGGCACAUUUGCUAUGUGGAUAGGUAUUGGCUGAGCGAGGAAAGAGUUCUGAUAACACUUAGGACAUUGAGGCUGCAAUCAUAAGGUUGACUAAGGCUAGAACUCUGUGUGCUGGAUAAAAGAAGGAGUAUUAUGAAGAUGAACUGAGUAAGUACAUUUAUAGAGCCAAAAAACUACUUUGGUACAAAAAUUAAGAAAUAAACAAUAAAAAUAAAAGGGUGGCCAUUGAGAACUAUAAGACUUAUUUAAAUUAAAGAUAAGAUCUGAAUACUGAGCAGAAGUAGAAGGAGUUGGAGGGAUUCAUUAAUUCGAUAGGGAAUCCAGAUUAGAAAUAGGAGUAUGAUAUUCCCAGUUAUUUGAUCUGCAAGAUAACUUUGGUAAUUAGAUGAGGUAUCAUGUUUAUAGGAAUUGAUGGAAAAUCCAGUUGUAAACGAUGCUGGUCAAACUUAUGAGCGUGACAUGCUCAUAGAGGCUAUCAAUAAGAAUGGACCUAGUGAUCCGACGACGAGACAGCCUAUUAGUAAAAGGUUCUACCCGAAUGUUAAUGUGAAGUAAGCGACGUAGGACUUCCUGUUGAAUAAUCCAUGGGCAUUUGAAUUUCAGAAAGGGGAGGAGUAUUAAACCAUUGAGUUUUGA